AGACCGAAGCCCAUCUGCGCUCUGGCAAGAUGACCGUGCCUGAUGGGCGCCAUGGAGAGUCCUCGCAGGAGCGAGGGCGGUCUCGCUCCCAGGAGGACACGAGGGCGCGGGAGCCCGUCUCCCCGCCCUACUCCCCGGAGAAGCGCGUGCACCGGCAGCCCGCGGAGAGGGGGAGCCCAGAGCAGCCCGCUGGCGACGGCGACAAGAGCCCCGAGACGAAAUCGCCGCGCUCUCCGCUGCGAUCCCUGGCCCGGCGCGUCCGCAGGAUGCGCGCCAACAGCGCGGGCGGCAGCCCGCGCAGCGCCGCCGACGCCAGCGGCAAGGCCAAGGUGAGGCCGGCUGGGCCACCGCCGUCGUUCGUCUCCAGCCGCAUGCCGCUCUUCCCCAUCCCCGAGUUCUACGACGAGGACGAGGACGACCCCCGGCUGAGCGACCUGCUGGGAACGCCCGCCUCGCGGCCCGCGCCCGGCGCGUCCGUGCUGCUCGGGGGCCUCGUCCCUGGCGUCGAGCUGGGGAAGGCCGACAAGCCGAGCCCCCUCGCCGGCUACUCUGCCGCGCCCAAGUCGCCCGCGCUGGUCGACGCAAGCCACGUCGGCGCCUGCGGCGCCCCCAUGGAAGAGGGCGGCGGCCACCCGCUGCCGCCCUCCUCCGCCGCUGCUGUCCAGGACUUCUGGACCACCAGGCGCUGCGUCUCGCCGAGCCGCCGGGCGCUGCUGGACAGCUGCGAGCCCAUGUGCGAGGACGCGUCGGCCUUCGCUGGCGGCCCCGAGGCCGCGGGCCUCGAGGAGCCCCCGUCGCCGCCAGCGCUGGGGGCGUUCUGCUCCAUCAUGGAGCUGAGGAGAGCCUGCUCCCCCUCGCGCCGCCGCCGCGGCUCCUGGGGGGACGCCGCCCCGAGACACCAGGACCCGCUCCAGCUCGUGUCCGCCCAGCCCGGGCCCGCCGAGGCGCGCGCCAAAGAGCGCCCAGGUGGGUCCCCGCGCAAGGCGCGGCCGAACCUCCUGGCCGUGCACCGCCGUGGCUCCCGCGACGAGGGCGCGGAGGGCGACACGCCGCUCAGCGAGCUCGUCGCGACGCCGCCGCUCAGCGAUCGGAGUCAGGCGCCGUCCCUGCUGAGCACCCACAGCCCGCCCGGCGAGGGGCCGUCCCGGCCCCGGGUGUACCGCCGCGGCUCCCGCGACGAGGACGCGGACGACGAUGCGCGCCUCGGCGAGGAUCUCGUGCCGCCCCUCCACCGCCGCGGCCCCCGCGAAGAGGACCCCGCGCCCUCCCGCCCCGAGCGGCGCCAGGCGCCCUCCCUGCUGAGCACCCACGGCCUGCCCAGCGAGGGGCCCCGGGCGCCGGUCCUCCGCCGGCGCUCCCGCGAAGAGGACGCCAGCGCGCGCUUCGGCGAGGACGUCGCCCCGCCCCGCCCGGAGCGGAAGAAGCCGGCGCCCCUGCUGAGCCCCAGCGGCGCGGCCUUCGAGGCCCCCGCCGCGCCCGGGGCGCGGAGGCACAGCGCCGACCCGCCCGCCAGCAGGGCGCGCCACGGGGCGCCCGCGGCGCCGCGCGAGGACCCGGCGGCGGCGCCCGCUGCGCAGGAGGGCGCCUCGCGCAAGACGCGCAGCGAGAUUGCCGCGGCCGCCGCGCCCGCGCCCAGGGACAGGCAGAGGGUGCGCGGGAACCGCUCCGACCCGGGGAUCUUCUCCACGUCGGCGCCGCGGGACGGCGGCAGCCACAUCCUGGACGGCGGCCUGGAGCACGCUAUCCUCGGCAACGCCUUGAUCAUCUACGAGGAGGAGAGCACGAAGUGCGAAUCCAGGUCCCCCGGGAAGAAG